GCACAUUGUCUGCCCCACAGUAAACACACUCAGGCAGAGCGGACAGGAGCUCGCGCGCUGCUUGUAAAGCUUUGAAGUGCCGACAGCGGCGGGGCUUUGAAGAAAGUUCUGGUUCUGCGAGCUCAAAGUUCUGGAGUUUUUCCACGGACAGGCUGAGAGAGGACGCAGUUUUUUUAAAAAAAACUUUAUAUGUAUACCAAGAUGGAAACUACUUUCUAUGACGACUCGCUCCACGCUCUGACCCAGCACGAGUCCACGCGAGCCCUGAAACACAACAUGACCCUGAACCUGGACCAGGGGGGCUCCCUGAAACCUCACCUCACCUCCCCGGACGUGGGUCUGCUGAAGCUGGCCUCGCCCGAGCUGGAGCGGCUCAUCAUCCAGUCCGGGAACGGGCUCAUCACCACCACCCCGACCCCGACCCAGUUCCUGUGCCCGAAGAACGUGACGGACGAGCAGGAGGGCUUCGCGGAGGGCUUCGUACGCGCCCUGGCGGAGCUCCACCACCAGCACAUGCCGGCCGCAGCCAGCGGCACCUCCAGCCCCGGCAGCGUCAGCACGGUCCUGCCCGCGUCCUSCGCGCCCGGUUCUGUUUACAACAACCCGUCCGUGCGCGCGGACUCGCCGGUCUACGAGGAGCUGAACACGUUCACCCCGGCCAUCAGCACCGUGUCUGCGCCCGGCUACAGCGCCUCAGCCCCGGCCGUGUCCUUCCCCGCCGCCCCGCCUCAGCUUCCCGUUUACGGCCGGCAGCAGUCCUCCUCCUCCGGCGCGCUCCCGCGGCUCGCCGCGCUCAAAGAGGAGCCGCAGACCGUGCCCGAGAUGCCGGGGGAGACCCCUCCGCUGUCCCCCAUCGACAUGGAGAGCCAGGAGCGCAUCAAGGCGGAGAGGAAGCGCAUGAGGAACCGCAUCGCCGCCUCCAAGUGCCGAAAGAGGAAGCUGGAGCGCAUCUCCCGGCUGGAGGAGAAGGUGAAGACCCUCAAGUCCCAGAACUCGGAGCUGGCGUCCACGGCCAACGUGCUGCGGGAGCAGGUGGCCCAGCUGAAGCAGAAGGUCCUGAACCACGUGAACAGCGGCUGCCAGCUGAUGYUGACGCAGCAGCUGCAGACCUUCUGAGG